CACUUACCCCGGCCCGUCACAGGUAGCUUUCGCACAAUAUUCAUUCCUUCUUUCGUGCGCUAUAACACUAUUCUUCUCUCCGAAACCAAACAAAUCCUUCACUCUCUCACUCUGCUGUCCAGCACAUCGUCAAUCCCUCUCUCACUCUCUGCGCCUCCAUCUUCUACAACUUCCAUUUCGGAAUGGCCACACAAACUGCAGCUCCGCCUUCUGCUCAAGUUGUUGGAAAUGCUUUUGUUGAGCAGUAUUACCAAAUUCAGCAUCACUCCCCAGAGUUAGUAUAUCGAUUCUACCAGGAUUCGAGUGUCUUAAGUCGCCCAGAUUCUAAUGGCGUGAUGACAUCCGUGACAACAAUGAAAAAUAUCAAUGAUAUGAUAUGUUCAUUGGACUACAAGAACUACAAGGCAGAGAUAAAGACUGCAGAUGCACAGGAGUCCCAUAAGGAUGGUGUGAUUGUUUUGGUAACUGGAUGCUUAACUGGAAAGGAUAACUUGAGGAGGAAAUUCACCCAGACAUUUUUCCUUGCUCCACAGGACAAGGGGUAUUUUGUUUUGAAUGAUGUUUUUAGGUAUGUACAAGAAAAUGAGACUGAUACCGUCUCAGAAAUUAUUAAUGGAACUGAGGAUGUGCCUUCAGAGGUUCUGAGCCCUGAUCCAGAACCAGCUCAAGUGGUGGAUCCUCCAAAUCUCGACCAAGCUGGCUCUUAUGCUGAAGAAGCUAAGAACGUUGAGGAAAAAGUCCAUGACUCUUUGGAAGAUGGGAGACAAGUUGGUGAGGAAAGGGAGAUUGUGGUGGAAGCUGAAUCAAAUUUCAAUGAGAACCAGAAUCAUGCAAAUACGGAAUCAGAGAAUUCUGUUGCCCAAGAGGAUGCUCCAAAGAAGUCAUAUGCAUCAAUUGUCAGUUCACAAACAAAGAAAGGGCCAAUCAAAAUCUAUGUACCUACUAAUACAUCCAGAAUGGCUCCUGCAAAGGCUGUAAAGCAGCCUGUUGCUGCAUUAGCACAAACUCCAGCUCCUGAAGCAUCAAAUCCUACUGCCCACAAUGGAGCUAACGUACCUGAAACUAAUGAUACUGAAGAUGAAGCUGAGGGGCACUCCAUUUAUGUUCGCAAUUUGCCUCUAGAUGUUACCGUAGCCCAACUUGAUGCUGAAUUUAAGAAAUUUGGACCUAUUAAGCAAGGAGGAGUACAAGUUAGAAGUAAUAGGCAACAAGGAUUCUGCUUUGGCUUUGUUGAAUUUGAAGAUGUGAGCUCCAUGAACAGUGCCAUACAGGCUUCACCCGUGACCAUUGGAGGUCGUCAGGCUGUUGUUGAGAUGAAGAGAACUACAACUAGAGUUGGUAGCGCGAGAGGCCGUUUCCCUCCUGGAAGAGGAGGAUUCCGAAAUGACAAUUUCAGGGGCCGUGGAAGCUUUGGUGGAGGUCGGAGCUAUGGGAGAAAUGAAUUCGGAGGACGUGAUUUUUCAGGGCGGGGUAGGGGUCAAGGUGGACGAGGUGGUGAAGGCUAUCAACAAGUUAGAGGGAGAGGAAGGAGAGGUGGCCCUGGUCAGGGUUCUGCUCCAGCAUAGUUUGUGUGGCUGGAUAAAUUUUGGUGGCAAAUUUUUGACCUAGUUUCUUUGUUUGCCGGUGUGCGAGCAGCGGAACAGUUUAGUGGUGUAGUGAUAUCAGCUUAAUCAUAGUUGAGAUUGACAUUAAUUUUUUCCAUCUUUUUUGUUUCCCUUGACAACUUGGGUUCUCUCAGGUUAAAGUGUCGGGCAAUUUUUUUACUAUAGAUUUUUGCGUAGGUGACUCGUGUUUCACAGGGUAGAAAAUGUAACUUGCAGUGCUUAAUGCUUGUUUCCAAUUAUAUAGGAAAAGACUUGUGCUAUGCUAAGAUUGAUUUGCUGAAAAUUAGCUUGUUUCCUUGCUGAAGCUAAGAGUGGAAAGUUAAAAGAAUAGGAAUUUUUGCAUCA